AUGUUUUGUAAAGAGGCGUCGUCCAGUCUCCAGACCUUUAACAUAGCAAAGAGUUUCAGUUCUCAGUUCACUAAACCAUCAGCACUCAUCAACCCCCUCUCGUCAAGACAUCGUUACAAGCUGUGUCCUCGUCCAAACCUCAGAGGACGAUGUACGGUCACAUCCUCACUGUUUAAUAUUGGUGGGAAAGAUAAAAUAGUGAAACAAAAGAAAAUCAAAGUAAAGGGAGUUAUAACGGCCAAAGAAACCAUAGGCGGCUUCUUACCACUGAUCGUCGAGCUUAUUAGCGCCGAGACUGACCCCCGGACGCUAGAGGAGAAGGAUCCGGUGAAGGCUUACGCACGAAGUGUAUUGUUUGAUGGACCUGAUGAUCAAUACAAAUGUGAGUUCGACAUGCCCGAAGACUUUGGAGAGGUUGGCGCCAUCAGAAUUUUAAACCAGAACCUUAAAGAGAUCUUCCUCAAGGAUAUAAAGCUUGAGCUACCAGACAGCUCCGUCACCUUUACAUGUAACUCGUGGGUGGCCCCCAUGUCCGUAGACCCAACCAAGAGGAUAUUCUUCUCCAACAAGUCCUACUUGCCUCUCCAAACUCCGGAGCCUCUUAAACAGCUCCGGAAAGAAGAGCUUGAGACCUUGCAAGGCAAGAACCGUGAUCGGUCUGGUGAAUUCGAAAAGUUCGAGCGUGUUUAUGAUUAUGACGUCUACAACGAUAUUGGUGAUCCUGACAAAGAUCCCGAACUUGCCCGUCCCGUUAAGGGAGGCCACUCUCACCCAUACCCAAGGCGUUGCAAGACUGGUCGCGAGCCAUGCAAGAGUGACCCCUUUUCAGAGAAACGCAAUGGGGAUUUCUAUGUCCCGAGAGACGAGGAGUUCACUACAGUCAAGGGCGUUACAUUCGCCGGCACGGCAGUCUUGGCGGCUCUUCCUUCUUUGUUCCCACAGAUUGAGUCUGCUCUGUUCGAUCCCAACAUGUCCUUCCCACAUUUCAAGUCCAUAGAAGAUCUAUUUGAACAAGGCAUUGAGAUUCCCAAGGAUAUUGGCCUUUUACCUAUGAUCCCUAGACUUAUCAAAGCUGUUGAUGAAGCUGAAGAUGAUAUUCUCCAGUUUAAAGCCCCUAUUCUCGUUGACAGGGAUAGAUUUUCAUGGAUCCGAGACGAUGAGUUUGCUCGCCAGACACUUGCAGGCCUUAAUCCCUAUUGCCUUCAGCUGGUUCAAGAGUGGCCAUUGAAAAGCAAACUAGACCCUGCGGUUUAUGGUGAUCCUAACUCACUCAUUACUAGUGAGAUUGUGGAAAGAGAAAUCAAAGGAGUCAUGUCAUUUGAUGAGGCUCUAAAUAACAAGAGAUUGUUCAUGUUGGACUAUCAUGAUUUACUUCUACCGUAUGUGAACAAAGUGAGAGAGUUGGAGGAUACCACCUUAUAUGCUUCUCGAUCACUAUUCUUCCUCAGCGAUGAUAGCACACUAAGACCAGUUGCCAUUGAGUUGACUCGUCCCAAAGAUGUAAACAGGCCCCAAUGGAGGCAGGUAUUCACCCCAGGAUAUGAUGCUACCUCCUGCUGGCUAUGGAGUCUUGCUAAGACUCACGCUGUUUCUCAUGACGCCGGUUAUCACCAGCUUGUUUCCCACUGGUUGAGGACUCAUUGCUGUAUGGAGCCAUACAUUAUAGCGGCAAACAGACAACUAAGUGCCAUGCAUCCUAUCUAUAGGCUUUUGCAUCCCCACUUCCGCUACACCAUGGAGAUCAAUGCUCGUGCACGCCAAAGUCUCAUCAACGCAGGUGGGAUCAUUGAGUCUACUUUCUGGCCCGGAAAGUAUUCAUUAGACCUAAGUUCAGACGUCUACGAUAAACUAUGGAGGUUCGACAGGGAAGGGCUACCUGCAGACCUCAUCAGCAGGGGGCUGGCUGUGGAAGAUGAGACAGCGAAACAUGGGGUACGCCUGACCAUACCAGAUUACCCAUUUGCAAAUGACGGUCUAAUGUUGUGGGAUGCACUUAAGGAAUGGGUAAAAGACUAUGUGAAUCACUAUUAUCCAGAAGCGGAACUGGUCUUGUUGGAUGAGGAACUCCAAGGAUGGUGGAAUGAAGUGAAGAACGUAGGACAUGGAGACAAAAAAGACGAACCAUGGUGGCCUGUCCUCAAAACACAAGAUGACUUGAUUGGCGUGGUGACUACUAUUGCAUGGGUGGCUUCAGGUCACCAUGCAGCUGUAAACUUUGGACAGUACGGGUAUGGAGGGUACUUUCCCAACCGACCAACCACAGCAAGGAUAAAAAUGCCAGUGGAAGAGCCGACAGAGGAAGAGCUAAAAGAGUUCUUUGAGGCGCCAGAGAAGACCAUGCUUAAGACAUACCCGUCGCAGAAGCAGGCGACGAAAGUGAUGGUGACUCUGGAUCUUCUAUCAUCACAUUCACCAGAUGAAGAGUACCUGGGAGAAAACCCUGAAGCUUCUUGGGCCCACGAUCCUUCCAUCUAUGCUGCGUAUGAACGAUUCAAAGGAAGGCUCCAAUACCUAGAAGGAGUGAUAGAUGAGAGGAACGUGGAUGUUUCUCUAAAGAAUAGAACUGGAGCAGGUGUUGUUAAGUAUGAGCUUUUGAAGCCCAUUUCUGAACCAGGUGUAACCGGUAUGGGUGUUCCUUAUAGUGUUUCUAUUUGA